AAUAAAAAAGACAUUAUAAUGAAAUGUGUUCUGGGGGCCGUGAAAACAUUUAUAUGGUGGAAAUCGCGAAGCUAAGCUGGAAAGAAAGAAAAAAGCCCACCUGUGUGUCCGUGCAACUGCAACGUGCUUUACCCCUUUUGUUCCGAAUUCCAAUAUUAGAGAGAAAGAAAACAUUGGUUAAAGAGAAGCGGUGCAAGAGGAGAGGAAGAAGAGAAGAGGAGGCGGUGCGCACCUUAGCAUGGAUUCCUCUCCGUCCUCUUCUCUCUCCUCUCUCGCUUCGUCCCCACGGCACCAACAUCCUCUCUCCAUUUGAGAAAGGCACCGAUUCCCAUUCUCAUUCUCACUCUGCCUCACAUAUUGCCAACCCUUGCUUCUCUCUCUUCCAUCCUCACCACCGAUUUCAAUUUCAACAAUAAGAACAAUAAGGCCAGGGUCUGCUUUUGAUUCCGCCACGUCAAAAUGUUGUGGCUCAUGAGAUUCUCGGGCUUCUUCUCCGCCGCAAUGCUCGUCAUUCUCCUCUCCCCUUCCCUUCAAUCCUUCCACCCCGCCGAAGCCAUCCGCUCCUCCCACCACCUCGACGGCCUCCUCCGCCUCCCUCCGCCUCGCCUUUCCUUCCGCCCCGCCCCUCGUUUCCGCAAUGCCGCCGACGCCAACAAAUGCGCCUCCUCCUCCGUCUCCACCUCCGUCUGCGACCCCUCCCUCGUCCACGUCGCCAUCACCCUCGACGUCGAGUACCUCCGCGGCUCCAUCGCCGCCGUCCACUCCAUCCUCCAACACUCCCAGUGCCCGGAGAACAUCUUCUUCCACUUCCUCGUCUCCGAAACCAACCUCGAAUCCCUCGUCAAAUCCACCUUCCCUCAAUUGAACUUCAAGGUCUAUUACUUUGAUCCCGAGAUCGUCCGCAACCUGAUCUCCACCUCUGUCAGACAAGCCCUCGAACAACCCCUCAACUACGCCAGAAAUUAUCUCGCUGACCUCCUCGAACCCUGUGUCGAAAGAGUUAUAUACCUAGAUUCCGAUCUGGUUGUAGUCGACGACAUUGCCAAGCUCUGGAGCACCAGCUUAGGUUCUAGAACCAUCGGCGCCCCUGAAUACUGCCACGCCAACUUCACCAAGUACUUCACCGCAGCGUUCUGGUCGGACACGCGCUUCGCGAGGGCGUUCGCCGGGCGGAGGCCAUGCUACUUCAACACGGGCGUGAUGGUGAUAGAUCUGGUGCGGUGGCGGAGAAUCGGGUACAGCAAGAGGAUAGAGAGGUGGAUGGAGAUUCAGAAGAACGAUCGGAUCUACGAGCUGGGUUCUCUGCCCCCGUUUCUGUUGGUGUUCGCGGGACACGUGGCGCCAAUUGAGCACAGGUGGAACCAGCAUGGGUUGGGUGGCGAUAACGUGAAGGGGAGUUGCCGGGACCUGCACGCUGGGCCUGUGAGUCUUUUGCAUUGGUCCGGUAGUGGCAAGCCCUGGACUCGAUUGGACUCCAAACAGCCCUGUCCGCUUGAUGCACUUUGGGCUCCUUAUGAUUUGUACGGUCACGCUCACUGAUUUGGGUUGCUGGUCGCCGGUAAAUUCCCCCCUUCACUGUUUUUGUCACUUCUGUUCAUUUAAUUUAAUUCUCAUUUCGGUCAAUUUUAUUAUUAUUUUGUUCUCUCUUCUCCUUCUCUCUACUAUGAACAGAUACAUCAGAUAUUUACUUUACCCAUUUUUAUUAGACUUCGUUACCCAGUCCAUCAUUUGUAUUCUAUGAUCUUUCUGUUUUGUGCUUCGUGCUCUAGAAAUAAAUAAGAUAAAAAAAAUAAAAAUAAAGGAAUGGCUGGAUCUUCUAA